UGAAUGAGAUCGCUAGUUUUCCUUGAAGCCUUUAGUGGACUCAAACAACAUGGUGCAGUUAAAUCUGUCGUGCAUUUCAAGUAAGCUCUCCGAAGAUAUCAUACAACAUGCCUUCAAAAUUAAAACGAAUAGUGAAGAUAGCGUGAAUUAUAUAAAAGUGACCAGAGCUGCUCCGGCUGGCGAGGGCCUCAUCGCUGCUGUCUAUCGCAUCGCGUGCCUAGGACAAUACCAUAAGACCUCCUUUAUUGCAAAAGGUUUAGUCCAAGAUAAACUGCUUAGAAAGUCCAUUUUAUGCUCAAAAAUCUUCUUCCAAAGAGAGGCAUACUUCUAUACCAACAUACUCCCGGCAUUAACAGCAGUACAGAAGGCAUUGGGAGCAAAAGAAAGUUUGCAAAAUAAUAUUCCUAUUUGCUAUGGAAGUUACACAGAUGGUGCAAAUGACUACAUUCUCUUGGAAGAUCUGGCUGAAAACGGUUGUAAAUCCUUGACAAACGAGCCGACUGAACAGGAGCGAGAUACUACCUUAAAGGCUCUGGCUCAUCUCCACGCUGUGUCAAUGGCUUUGAGGGUUACGAAGCCUGAAAUAUUUAACUCAAUUGCUACACAAUUGCCUGAAGCAUAUUACAAUGAUAUAAACAGAGAUUGGUAUGCAGCAUAUCUCAAAAAUGCUAUUGCGAUUGACUUUGACGUGCUCGCUGAAUUUGAAGAUCCAAAGACCAGCGUCUAUUACAAGAGAUUUGAAAAUUUAAUUUCCAAUGGUGUAUAUAAACAACUAAUAGAACUGACGUCACAUCGCGAUGAACUUGCUGUAUUCAAUCACGGCGACGCCUGGACUCCCAAUUUCCUCUGUUCCGAAGAACUAACCGUCGCAAUAGAUUUUCAAGCACUCAGAUGCUCGUCUGUAGCAUUAGAUUUAUCUUAUUUUAUAGUCCUAUGCGGUAAUUUGGUACAAACUAAGCAAGAUUUUCAGAAGGCAGUAAAAAUAUAUUAUGACUUUUUGAAAUACUAUUUGCGCGAUAUGGGAAUCGAUGAAAACAAAGUAUGUUCUUGGAAUAUUUUAAAUGAAGAACUGAAGAAAUAUGGCAAAUUUGGACUUUUGGCGGCCGUGACUUCAAUACCUUUGUUAGUUAGUAAAAAAUGUGAUGUAUUGGAGAAGUUCGAGGAGAAGUACGCGGGGUAUGAGAGAAUCCCCCUGGAAGAACUUUGGAAACUAACUCCAAUUGAAUCUCAUGAACAGAAGAAAUGGUUAGUGAAUGUAGUACGAAUUUCAGUAGACUUAGGUUUGAUUUAAAUAAAUAAACUAUACACAGCAAAACUAAAAAUAUAUU